AUGAUGCCUUCGUUGUUAUCCUUAAUUUGCUUAGCUCUAUCACAUUGGUGUAUCUUCCAUAUGAAUAAAGCAAAACAAGUUGUUGAAACAUGGGCCAGACAAUUUCAUUCUUCUCCACGUGAUCAGAGAUUGGCCUUUCUAUAUCUGGCAAAUGAUAUAUUGCAGAAUAGUCGUCGAAAAGGUUCAGAGUUUGUGGGGGAAUUUUGGAAGGUUCUUCCUGAUGCUCUUCGUGACAUGAUUGAAAACGGGGAUGAGUUUGGAAGAAAUAACGCUCAACGAUUGAAUAACUUUGCAUGCAGAAAUUUACAUAUGUGCUUGAAAUUUUUAGCUUCAACAUCUUCCAGUCAUGUCAACUUGAAAUACUUUUUAUUGCUUCAUUUCUGUUGUCUGUACACGCAGAUUGGCAUAUGGGAAGAAAGAAAAGUUUUUGGUUCCCGAGGACAAAUUCUGAAGGAAGAGAUUGUGGGAAAGCACGUGGAGAACAAUAAUAGAAAUGCGAAGCAUAUAGGAUCCAAAAUGAAGCAGCCUACUGGAAGUACUAUAGACAAGAUAGUUGCAGGUUAUCGUGUCGUUUAUGGUGGCCAGAUGGAUGAAGAUGCUAUAUUCAGCAAAUGCAGGAAUGCUAUCAGUUCCUUUGAGAAAGCUGAUAAGGAGAUUGGUGGAGAUUUUAAUUCAGGGCAAUUCCAUGGAGCUGCAUUUGUAGAAGAGCUGCAGGGGCAGCAUGCUAUUUUGAGGGAUAGCAUUGAACAACUGACAGCCAUUGAAUCAUCAAGGUCAAGUCUUGUGUCUUAUUUGAGAGAAGCUUUACAGGAGCAGGAAUCCAAACUAGAACAAGUUCGUAAUCAGCUUCAGGCUGCACAUUCCUGCUCGGAACACGCUAGUCACAUCUGCCAGCAGUUGCUGCAUUCUAACAAUGUUCCAUUAGUGCCUGAGCGAAGCUUAAAGGAAGCUACCACCUCCAUGGCACCACAAACCUUUGUAGCUGGAGAAAGGGAACAAUCAGCUCCAUCUAUGUAUACCCAGCAGGUAUCUUUUCCUGAAAAUACCAGCCAUGUCGAGGAAGAUCCCCGGAAGUCUGCUGCUGCUGCCGUAGCAGAAAAAUUAACUGCUUCAACAUCCUCAGCCCAAAUGCUUUCUUAUGUCCUUUCUUCUCUUGCAUCCGAAGGUGUCAUUGGCAAUUCAAUAAAAGAAUCCUCUGGUGAUUAUCCUGCUGAAAAGCGGGCUAAGCUCAGUAACGAUCAGCCAUAUAUACCAUCUCAGAACCCACCGCAUCUGCAAAUUCCUUCUUUCCAGCAUCACGAGUCUUUCCAGCAGAAUGGGGCAACCACUGCUCAGCAGUCAACCCCAAAUAACCCACCACCUCCCCCAUCAUCUCCUCCACCCCUACCCCCACCAUUGCCACCUAUGCAACCAUAUUCCAUGCCCCAGUUCAUGCAGACUGCUGGGUCAAUGAAUGGUGUGCAAUACAGCUAUGCCAUGUCGCAGCUACAGCCACCUUCUUUGCCUGGUUAUCCAGCUGUUGGGGCUCCAAUGACUGGCAUGGCCCCCUAUACAAUGCCUCCAGCUAAUACGUAUCCAAAUUAUCAGGGUUCGGAUGGUAAUUUAUACAGCCAACCGUCAUCCAUGCCAAUGGCACCAAUUUCCCGGCAAUAG